UACGCAGGCGCAGAAUUUCGUCCCCCCCCUCACAUCCACUCCCACCCGGCGCAGGCGCACAAAGCCGCACAGACAACCUCCGCAGCAGCUGCGCGCACCCUUAUCCUCGCUGGCUGCUUGUCUCGCCCAACCUCCUCAGGUCUUCCGCCAGACUUAAGCUUUUCUUUUUUUCCAUUCUCCUCACCGGUAGAGCCAGGUGCCGAGAACCAGGACCCCGCCCCCUUUUCUGUAUCCCUAACCCUGACCCACCUCGCCUCCAUCCUCCCUCCCUUUUCUGUUCACGAAGCCGGAAGAAGCCGAAACGGCGACGGAAAGAGCCGAAGCUGCGCCCAGUGAGCGAGGCCUUCCCAAAGAGGUGGCGGAAGGAACCGAAGUUCUCCGACGGGAGGAGUGACCGAGUAGAAUCUCCGGAAAAAGCCGAACCUUGGAAUCGGGCUUAAUAUCUGGAGGGGCUCGAGGGCCAGUGCCGGAAACCUUCAAGGGCCGAAUUCCGGGACGGUUGGAAGUGGCGAAUUGUUUGGACUGAGCCGGUGGAGAAGGCGGGGCGACACUGCGGACGAAGCCAAAGACUGGGAAGGUUUCAAUUGUUGGAAAACGCCGAACCUUUAGCGGGGCCUGGGCGCAGUCGGACGCGAGGACCCGCAGAAACUUCCGAACGCUGAGGCGCUUAACUCCCGAAAAGUUACGGAGACCUAGGAAGUCGGCUAAACCCUUGCUUCGGGUGUUUUCGGAAACAGCUGAAGCAGCCGCCUGCCGACCACUACGACCGCUGUCCGGAAAUAGCCGACGCGCUUCGGAGUCAGGCUCGGGGGCGGGGGCGGGGUAGCUCGCGGGGAGGUGGAAGGGGAGAGGGGGCGGAGCCGGGGCGGGGCUGGGCGGGCUGCCGGGGGCUUGACUAGGUAGGAGGCGGUGAAGCGCCGGCGGCGGCCGGAAGUAGCCGAAGUCAGCGGCGGAAGUAGCCGAAGCGGCCAGAGCGGGCGGGCGGCAAGGCGAGGCGAGAGCUGCACAAGGCCCUACGCGGCCGCCUCAGCAUGUCGGACUUCGACGAGUUCGAGCGGCAGCUUAACGAAAAUAAACAAGAGCGGGACAAGGAGAACCGGCACAGGAAGCGCAGCCACAGCCGCUCUCGAAGCCGGGACCGUAAGCGUCGGAGCCGGAGCCGGGACCGGCGCAACCGGGACCAGCGGAGCGCCUCCCGGGACAGGCGUCGACGAAGCAAACCUUUGACCAGAGGCGCUAAAGAGGAGCACGGUGGAUUGAUUCGUUCCCCCCGCCAUGAGAAGAAGAAGAAGGUCCGUAAAUAUUGGGACGUGCCACCCCCUGGUUUUGAGCACAUCACUCCAAUGCAGUACAAGGCCAUGCAAGCUGCGGGUCAGAUUCCAGCCACUGCCCUUCUCCCCACCAUGACCCCUGAUGGUCUGGCUGUGACCCCAACACCAGUGCCUGUGGUCGGGAGCCAGAUGACCAGACAGGCCCGUCGCCUCUACGUGGGCAAUAUCCCCUUUGGCAUCACUGAGGAGGCCAUGAUGGAUUUCUUCAAUGCCCAGAUGCGCCUGGGGGGGCUGACCCAAGCCCCUGGCAAUCCUGUCUUGGCGGUGCAGAUUAAUCAAGACAAGAAUUUUGCCUUUUUGGAGUUUCGCUCAGUGGACGAGACUACCCAGGCCAUGGCCUUUGAUGGCAUCAUCUUCCAAGGCCAGUCACUGAAGAUCCGCAGGCCUCAUGAUUACCAGCCGCUGCCUGGCAUGUCAGAGAACCCCUCUGUCUAUGUGCCUGGAGUUGUGUCCACUGUGGUCCCUGACUCUGCCCACAAGCUGUUCAUCGGGGGCUUACCCAAUUACCUGAAUGAUGACCAGGUGAAAGAACUGCUGACAUCAUUUGGGCCUCUCAAAGCCUUCAACCUGGUCAAGGACAGUGCCACGGGGCUCUCCAAGGGCUACGCCUUCUGUGAGUACGUGGACAUCAACGUCACGGAUCAGGCCAUCGCAGGGCUGAAUGGGAUGCAGCUGGGGGAUAAGAAGCUGCUUGUCCAGAGGGCAAGUGUGGGAGCCAAGAAUGCCACGCUGGUGAGCCCCCCGAGCACCAUCAAUCAGACACCUGUGACCCUACAAGUGCCAGGCUUGAUGAGCUCCCAGGUGCAGAUGGGCGGCCACCCAACGGAGGUCCUGUGCCUCAUGAACAUGGUACUGCCCGAGGAGCUGUUAGAUGACGAGGAGUAUGAGGAGAUUGUAGAGGACGUGCGGGAUGAGUGCAGCAAGUACGGGCUCGUCAAGUCUAUCGAGAUACCCCGGCCUGUGGAUGGCGUCGAGGUGCCCGGCUGUGGAAAGAUCUUUGUGGAGUUCACCUCUGUGUUUGACUGCCAGAAAGCCAUGCAGGGCCUGACAGGCCGCAAGUUCGCCAACAGAGUGGUUGUCACAAAGUACUGUGACCCCGACUCUUACCACCGCCGGGACUUCUGGUAGAGGCGGGCAGGGGAGGGUGGGGGCAGGGCUGGCUGGGGGCUUCUUCCUCCUCCGGUCCCCCUUUUCCCUCUCUGAAGAUGGGCAGAGGAGUGACAGCCGAAUGACAGCCGGCAGCAACUGGAAUGGCAGCAAUUAGGGGUGGGGGGUAGGGGGGUGGGGGGAUAGGGCAGGGAGGGGACUGGGGAGGUGUGCACACAGGCCCACUCAGACACACGCACCCAUACAGACACAGAGGGAAGGGGUUGGGAUGGGGAUGGGGUGCACAGUAGGGUGGGUAGGACCCCCAUAGCCCCUCCCAAAACAGCCUCUCCUCCUUUGGACCCCCUUCUCCCCUUCCCCCCAUGGUAGGAUUAUAGCGUGUUUAUAUUUUAUGGCCAAACUAUUUUGAAUUUUGUUGUCCGGCCUUCAGCGCCCAGCCCUCCCUUUUACCAGGACCACAGCUCCAUUCCUUUGGCCUCUGGUCCUCUCUGACCCCCUGGUUUCUUACAUAGUUGACUCUGUCCUCUUAGUCUCCCCGACCUGCGCCCAGCCCAGUGGCCCCUGUCCCUCUUCUCUCUGUGGCAGUUUCAUAUUUGCUAAGACGAAUUUGCUCAUUAAACAUUUUGUUGUAUUUUAUUUUA